AUGUAUAUUCCCCUAUUUCACCGGGUAGAUAGAUCAGAAUGGCCCAUGCUACUUGCAUCGCUAGUUCUCAUAUACAUUGAAACCCUCAUCACCUUCAUCACCGCCCUUCUUCCUCAGAAAGUUCUCAGGUUAUGCGACCAUGUGUUUGCUAUUGUUUAUUCUCAAAACCCAGUGCAAAGCUUUUAUAACUUAAAAUCUUUCACCGGGGUCCAUCAUUCAGACGUGGAGUUUUUAAACCAGGUGAAGAAUGCCCAAGAUUUCCAAUCGCUAUGCCUAUUGCACGGAUACGACGCCCAAAAUCAUACCGUAAAGACCAAAGAUGGGUAUAUAUUGACGCUUCAUCGGAUCGUUGGUGACGAUGAUAGAGAGUUUGGUUCUCGACCAGUAGUGUAUUUGCACCACGGAUUACUCAUGAAUAGCGAGAUUUGGGUAACGAUGAUCAACAGCGACCAUAAUUUGCCAUUUGUGUUGUAUCAAUUAGGAUACGACGUAUGGUUGGGGAAUAAUCGUGGCAACAAGUACUCGAAAAAACACAUGUGGUUAAAACCCAAAGAAACCAAGUUUUGGGAUUUCCUGAUCGAUGAGUUUGCCAUCCAUGAUAUCCCCACCGCCAUCGAUUACAUCCUUGACUGUACCGAUCAACCCGACUUGACGUACAUUGGGUUUUCCCAAGGCACUGCCCAAGGGUUUGCCUCACUUAGUAUCCAUCGGGAAUUGAACUCGAAAAUCAAUGGGAUGGUUGCCCUAUCACCAGCAAUGACCCCAAAAGGAUUACACCAUCCGGUAGUCGACACACUCAUGAAGGCUAGUCCGAUUCUCAUGUUUCUAUUCUUUGGCCGUCGAGUGUUAUUGUCCUCGGCAACUUUUUGGAGCCUGGUAAUCUACCCACCAUUGUUCAUCAAAGUGAUUGACUACUGUAACAUUUUGCUCUUCAAUUGGUACGGCAAUAAUAUCAACUUUGAUCAAAAAGUGCUAUCGUAUUCCCAUUUAUACUCAUCUACCAGCGUGAAGACCGUGGUUCAUUGGUUUCAAAUCAUUCGCAAUCGAUCAUUUCAAAUGUACGACGACGCCAUUGGCUGGAACAUCAAACCACGAAGAUCCGCCGCCACUAAGAGGCAUAAUGACUAUGUGGUCCCGACAUACCCUACCCGUAACAUCGAGGUGCCGAUAUGGUUGGUGUACGGGAAAGCCGAUUCGUUGGUGGAUAUUGAAGUGAUGUUGGAACAAUUGCCAGCCAGUGAAAACAUCAAGGCGUUUGGAGUGGAAGGGUACGAGCAUCUAGAAAUCAUUUGGGGCGAUGGGGUUGAACAAUUGGUGUUCCCUCAUGUGUUGGAGUUUUUAAAGACGUUUAAAGGAAGUUCUCAAUGA